UUCAUUUUCCUGUCUUCCGUUCCGUCUCGUCUUUGUUUUCUAAAGUAAAAUUUCACCGGAAAGAUCUCCCCGAAAAAUGAGAACAAAUAUCAGCGCUUUCGCUUUGGUUCUGAUCUUAGGGCUUUUCUUCACCCAAAUCCAAUCGCUCCGAUUCGAUCUGGAAUCCGGUAAAUCCAAAUGCAUAGCUGAGGAUAUCAAAAGCAACUCCAUGACGGUUGGCAAGUACCACGUAGUCAACCCUAAUGAAGGAUACCCUUUACCCGAUACUCACAAAAUCACCGCUCGAGUGACUUCCACAUAUGGGAAUAGCUAUCACAAUGCGGACAAUGUGCCGGAUGGACAGUUUGCAUUUCAGACAGCAGAAGCCGGGGAUUACAUGGCUUGUUUCUUUGCAGCAGAUCAUAAGCCUCCAAUCACCAUUACUAUUGACUUCGAUUGGAAGACUGGUAUUGCUGCUAAGGACUGGACAAAUGUUGCCAAGAAAGGCUCUGUUGAAGUAAUGGAAAUGGAACUGAAGAAGAUGUAUGAAACUGUCCAAUCCAUCCAUGAUGAGAUGUUUUAUCUUCGUGAAAGAGAAGAAGAAAUGCAGGAGCUUAAUAGAUCUACUCACUCCAAAAUGAAUUUGCUGACCUUUGUGUCUGUUCUUGUUUGUUUGUCCGUAGCUGGGAUUCAGCUAUGGCAUUUGAAGACCUUUUUCGAAAAGAAGAAGCUUAUCUAAUGUCUUCCCCUGAGUUAAUCUUUGUAGCCUUUGCCCUUGUUGAUGUACAAUCUUAGAUCAAUACGCUGAAGGAAAAGAUACAUUUUUAGUCAAUGUCAAGAUAGAUGGAUUGGUGGCAAUAGCUUUGAUAGUCCUAGGGCUUGAAUACUUACUCCAAUUUCCCCCUAUUGCCUCCACUUAAAUCAAUUAAAACAGUUUCAGCAAUUGCAAACACUUACUAAUUAUCUGGUGUAUUACUUAUUUA